AUGGAUAAGGAGGAGCAAAAGGCAAAGAAGAAGAAUCUUGGCGAUUUCUUUCGGCUAGGACCUUACAUUGGAUAUGUGGUGUUAACCUAUGAAUUUUUGCUCAUCUCUCAAGUUUGCAAUCUCAUUUAUAUGUCUAUAGCAGGCUCUGGACCAAAACCGCUCAGUUGUGGGGAAGAAUCCUGGGCCGAUAAAGGACUUACUGAUAAGGAACUGUGUGCUGAGUAUUAUCGAGUUAAAGGCAUUAACGGUACCUGUAAUCAAGUGGAACUUAAAACCUACUUCAAAUCUGUGAAUUAUGAGGUUAGCUUCAUCUGA